CGAACACCUUCCCGAUAUAAAAGCAUCAACCGCCCGUUCACCCGCUCGCAGUCUGUGCUCAAACGUUAUAGUGUCUACAACCACUGUGCCAGGACUUUGUAAUUAUGAAUACACAGUGUUUUAUAGUGUUAGCGCUCGCUUUUGGCGUCGCGGUCGCCCAAGAAUCCUUCAAAUGCCCAGAUGACUUCGGCUUUUACCCUCACCACAACUCAUGUGACAAAUACUGGAAAUGUGACAAUGGCGUCGCUGAGCUCAAGACCUGUGGAAACGGACUCGCCUUCGACAACUCAGACUCCAAAUACUUGACCGAAAACUGUGACUACCUACACAACGUUGACUGUGGGGACAGAACUCAAUUAGAACCUCCAAUCUCCACUCCUCACUGCGCAAGACUGUACGGUAUCUUCGCUGACGAAGCCAAAUGUGACGUUUUCUGGAACUGCUGGAACGGAGAGGCCUCUCGCUACCAGUGCAGCCCUGGACUCGCUUACGACAGAGAAGCUCGCGUGUGUAUGUGGGCUGACCAGGUUCCAGAAUGCAGAAACGAAGAAGUAGCAAACGGAUUCGCUUGCGCCAACCCUGGUGAAAUUGCCAACGCUGGAUCCUUCAGUCGCCACGCCCACCCCGAAGAUUGCCGUAAAUACUACAUCUGUCUCGAAGGUGUUGCCCGUGAAUACGGAUGCCCAAUCGGAACCGUCUUCAAAAUCGGAGACUCAGACGGCACAGGCAACUGUGAAGACCCAGAAGACGUUCCCGGAUGCGAAGACUACUACGGUGAUUUGGACCUGAAGUCUAUCCGCAAGAGUGAGCUCCUCGCCGGCCUCAAGAGCGACGGCCAGUCCCGCCCAGACCAGCCCAAGCACCUCAAACCCCGUCCACAAAAAGAGAACUAAACUGAACUAAACCCACUCUAUACAGUCUAAUACUCACGUAAAAUAAGUUCGUUCACAUCACGAGUGAUCUGUAUUCACAUUGAAUGAAUCGAAUCGCCUUUUUAUUUAAAUUGCUCGCGGUGAUGUAGUUAAUACGAGUUUCGAAUUGUUAUGUAAGUGAGUGAUACUAAAUUGUUUUGUAUUCAUGUCCAGUUGCCAAAUACUCGAUGUAACAAACAGUUCAGAUAGAACCUAGAAAAUCAUUCCGUUUAGAAAUAUUUAUUAUACUGUUACUAUGUUAUUUGAUAGAUCGGUUCUUCCUGUGUAUAUAUCGGUAUAAAAUUAGCCUACAGAUUUUAUAAUGUUUUGCAUUUAUGGUAUUAGGUUUCGAAAGAACAUUCAAUAAAUUCAAUUGACCGUUGUAAAUAUAUUAACUGAAACGUUACGACUGAGUGUUGUUGUUUGAUAAACACUGUACUACUUAAGUUUUAUUUUUAGUGAUAAAAUAAACAAAAUAUAUAAAAAUCA